AUGUCGAAUAUAGCCAUCAUUGAAGAUGAAUCAUCAACUAGUCCUCCAACACGAUCAACGUUAGCAGAUUCGGAUAUAAAUGGAAUACUAUAUAAUUCAAAUGAUGACAUCAAACCAAUCGUAUCUUUUGGUUUAAUAGCUGACAUUCAAUAUGCCGAUAAUGAAGAUCGAUACAAUUUUACAAAAACACAAUUAAGACGUUAUAGAAAUUCGAUAAAAUUAGUUGAUGAAGCUUGUAAAUAUUGGUUAAAUAAAAAAUAUCCAAUAUCAUUUAUACUUCAACUUGGUGAUAUUAUUGACGGUAUUAGUUUUACAAAUAAAGCAUCCGUUAAUGAUUUAAAUACAGUUUUACAAGUAUUUAAAACAAAUUUUCAAUCUUUACCUAUUUAUCAUAUAUGGGGUAAUCAUGAAUUGUAUAAUUUUUCUCGACGAGAAUUAUUAAAUGGAUCAUUAUGUUCAUUUGAUACAAAAAUAAAUUCACCAGGACAUUAUGGAAUAAUUGAAGUAUGUCCCAAUUUAAGAAUAAUUGCAUUGGAUACUUAUGAAUUCAGUGCAUUAGGUGUAGAAAAAGAUAGUGAAGUAUAUAUUCAAGCAAUGGAAUUAUUAUGUAAACAUAAUCAAAAUGAAGAUAGUAAUGAUCCAACCGGUUUACGUGGACAUCAACGAAGAUUUGUUCAAUUUAAUGGUGGAAUAUCACCAAAACAAUUUAAUUGGUUAAAAGAACAAUUAACUGAUGCAAAAAAUCAAAAUAUUAAAGUUAUUAUUACAGGUCAUAUUCCAAUUCAUCCAAGUGCAUGUGAUGCUCUUGAUCUCUUAUGGAAUUAUAAAGAAGUAUUAGAUCUUUUAUGGACAUUUGAGGGUACUGUUCUUGCUUAUAUAGCUGGUCAUGAUCAUGAUGGUGGCUAUUUCCGUGAUAGAAAAAAUAUACAUCAUUUAACAUUACAUGCUAUAGUUGAAUGUGAACCAAAUACGAAUUCAUUUGCAACUGUUCAUGUCUAUAAAAAUUCUAUAUUAAUUGUAGGUGUUGGGCGUAUUGGUACCUACCAAAUUGAUUGCCAGUUAUAG